CAGAAGCCAGUGGCUUGGGCUAAGAGCACAAGAUGACGUCAGGCCUCCUCUGCUUCCUCGCCCUUCCGUUCCUCCUUGGCCAGGCCACAGGGGAUUUGGAGCCCCUGAUCCCCAGAACCACCUCCAGCUCUUUCUCUGACCCUGUGUUGAGCUCCAGCUUCAUCCCUGGCUCCAGCUCCAACAACAGCUUUGGUCCCGGCCCUGGCUCCGUGACCCAGUCGCUUUCCAAUUUCACUGGAUUUGAGGAUGACCACGGCACCUGCCAGUGCUCUGUGACCCUCCCGGACACCACCUUUCCUGUGCAGAGAGUGGAACACUUGGAAGUCACGGCUCAUAUUCUCUCCCAGAAGUUCGAGAAAGAGCUUUCUAAAGUGAGGGAGUAUGUUCAGUUAAUCAGUGUGUAUGAAAAGAAGCUCUUCAACCUAACCGUCCGAGUAGAGAUCAUGGAAAAGGAUACCAUUUCUUACACUGAACUGGACUUUGAGCUGAUCAAGAUAGAAGUGAAGGAGAUGGAGAAACUAAUCACACAGCUGAAGGGCAGUGUCGUCGGAAGCACAACAAUUGUGGACCAGCUGGAAGUGGAGAUAAGGAAUAUGACUCUCCUGGUAGAGAAGCUGGAGACGCUAGACAAAAACAAUGUCCUUGCCAUUCGCCGAGAAAUCCUGGCUCUUAAGACCAGGCUAAAGGAAUGCGAAGCCUCUAAAGGUGAAAAUGUUCCUGCGACCCCACCUCCUCUUGCCCCUGGGAGCUGUGGCCAUGGUGGUGUGGUGAAUAUCAGCAAGCCGACUGUAGUUCAGCUCAACUGGAGAGGGUUUGCCUAUAAAUAUGGUGCCUGGGGUCGGGAUUACUCUCCCCAGCAUCCAGAAGGGGGGCUGUAUUGGGUGGCACCUUUGAAUACAGAUGGGAGAAUUCUGGAAUAUUACAGACUCCACAAUACACUGGAUGAUUUGCUAUUGUACAUAAAUGCCCGAGAUCUUCGGAUCAGCUAUGGCCAAGGCAGUGGUACAGCAGUUUAUAACAACUACAUGUAUGUCAACUGGUACAACACCGGGAACAUUGCCAAAAUUAACCUGAGUAACAACAGGGCUGAAGUGACUCAAACUCUCCCUAAUGCUGCGUAUAAUAACCGCUUUUCGUAUGCUAAUGUUGGUUGGCAAGAUAUUGACUUGGCUGUGGAUGAGAAAGGAUUGUGGGUGAUUUAUUCAACUGAAGCCAGCACUGGUAACAUGGUGAUUAGUAAACUCAACGACACCACACUCGUGGUGUUAAACACUUGGUACACCAGGCAGUAUAAACCGUCUGUGUCCAAUGCCUUCAUGGUGUGUGGGGUUCUGUAUGCCACCCGCACUCUGAACACCAAACAAGAAGAGAUUUUCUACUACUAUGACACAAACUCAGGGAAAGAGGGCAGACUAGACAUCACAAUGCAUAAGAUGCAGGAAAGAGUGCAGAGCAUUAACUAUCACCCUUUUGAGCAAAAACUUUUUGUCUAUAAUGAUGGUUACCUUCUGAAUUAUGAUCUGAUCUUUAACCAGGAACCCAAGUAAAUGUGUGAGGGUGAGAGAGGCAGAGAAUGUUCUUUGAAAAAAUGGCCUUUUCCACUUCUUUAGCUAUCUGCCGGGGGAUUUGGGAUUUGGAAGUGUGUUUGCUUAGUAGUGAUAUUUGGGAGCAUAGUUCUAUCAUGCUGGAGACUUGGGAUAUUUGCCCUGAUUUGAUGAGUUCUUUUGGAAGCUGUCUGCCUCCAGAAAUGUAUUUCCCUACUGGAAAGAAGGUCCUUCCAGGGUGGAUGGGAUUGUGGAGGUCUAGGGGCAUUAUGGGUCCCAGGAAGGUGUCAGUGGUCCAGGCAGCAUCUGGAAAUUAAGGAACUUGAAGAGAACUCUGCAUGGUUUUGGGGGAUUCUUUGUACCAACGUGUCUCAGUGACCAGUUCUCCCCCAUGUAGCCAGACUAAUUCAUCCAAGAAAGAAACCUGGGCUCAAUUAGGCAGAUUAAUACCCAAAGCUCCUCGAGGGAUCAGAUCUCCGUCGUUGUUUUUCUUACUAGCACCUGGAACAAUGUUUUAUAUGUAGCAGAUUAGUAGACUUAGCAUGCUUUAUUAUAUCUGUAAAAUGCUCAGAGUUUUCUAAAGAAAGACUCUUUUAUGCAUUAAAUUGUACCACUGUAAAUCGGUCCCAAAUGGACCUACAGGUGAGGCACUUGAUUUUUCUUUGCUCCCUCUGUCCACCUAUAUAAGAGUCAGUAGAGCCCUCCGGCCUCAUGACUUCAUUGGCAGCUCAGAAGAUUCGAACCAGACUUACAAACCGAUUCCCACCACCCCCAUUCUCUGCUCUCCCCGUUUCCUACCUCCUGUUUUUUAUGAAAAUUAACUGUUUUUUUUUAUGGCAUGGAUAUAAGAAAAACAAAAUCACAUUUUUUGUCUCUUCAUGAAAUUUCACUUCCACGACUCUAAGACCAUAGGAAGAUCAGAUGGCAGAUAAAAUCAUAGCAUAUGUGGUUAUAUGAUAAAGCCCUUGGAGCGUAUGUGACAUUUGUAUUAAUUCACAGCAGUUGUUUCAUGCAGUUUUGUCUUUAAGCCUGGAAGCUGUGAGAAAAUGAAGUUUUUUGAGGAAGAAAUAUUUUAAAAACCACUGAUAGUAUCUAGCAAAUCAGUGCAGUCUGAGAACGUUCCAGGUGUCUGUGCUUCUGUGCUUUGGAUGGCGUUAUCAUCUGGUCUUGGUCUCCUUCCCUUUGAUGUUCAUGAGUCCCAGUCUAUAGGAUUGGCUCCCUCAAUGCUAUAAUUGUCCCCUUUUAAUAAAUGAUUAAAGUGUGUUUUGAUAAAAGUGUUGUCCUUUGUGU